CGGAGACGCACACUUCUAUCACGCACACCGGUCAAAGACAAGCACACAUCACAUAUACAAACACACACACACACACACGCACACACACACACUACAUUUAGAGGUGCAGCUCAUUGUUGGACUCUGCAUUGUGAAGGUUGGACACCGCACCGAGGCUUGGGCUGUGCAUUGCGUGGAGGUUGAGCAGAAGGCUUGGGCUGUGCAUUGCGAUGACUGCACUGAGUACUCGCAACACGAAGAUGGGAGACUUAGCCUGCAGUGAUGCUGGAGCUGCAGCCUGCGGUGACAUUGCCCGGCAUACUGACCCUGCUUCAAGACUGGAAGAAGAAGUUGAAGAACUUGAAAGGGAUGUGGAGGAGAGGGCAGCGCGUUUGAGUGCAAUUCAAAAAGAUCUGAUGUCGAACUUCGCUCAGCGCCUUUACUCUCGAAUGCAGCUCAUGCGACCCCAACCGAUGGAUAGCGGUACUACAAGCGAAAGAGCGGCCGACGCAGGAGAGAGUCCCGCUGAAGCGGCUGAAGGUGAUAAUCACGAUUCAAGCAAAUCUGCAGCACAGGUGGUGAAAAAACAGGGAAAGCUGUCCGACAACAGCCUCGGCGACCAAGAUGCAGAAUGCGGAUCCACAGCACAUCUUGCAAAAAAGAGAAAGCUCCUUCAGGAGGGCCUUGGAAGAAGAGUGGAAGAGUUGCAGGCAGGUGCCGUCGCGCUGAAGGAGUCUUUUGCCGAGGCAAAUGCGUGUCUUGCACGAGAAGAAAGUGUUGUCCAGGCAAUUAAAAUAGGAGGAAUUCUCCAAGACAAAUAAAGGAGGGUGGAAAAUAAAGGGUUUGCGAAAUA